AAUUAACUAAAAUGCUUAUCUUCUUCUUCUUCUAUGCGUAAUCAAUCAAUCAUCUAGAACGUGGAACUUUCUUCCUUCUUCUAUUUCCAUUUCACCCUCUUUUUGCAGAAAAGACAUAGAAAUAACUCGGAAUGUGAAUGAAGAAGAAUGAUGCGAGAGAAAUGAUACAAAAGGGCAUUAACGUAAUUCCAAAUUUCUGAUCCAUGAAAUGAGAUGAGAUGAACACAUCCUCCUCCCACUUCAACACCGACACAACUGCCAUUCUCUCUGUUGCCGCCGGUGCCAAAACCGGCCGCAAGGGUAGAUUCUCUCUCAUGGCCGCAACGCCACCAAACUCUACUCCGGCGGUCGUCUUCACCGCCCUCGCCGGUGUCGCUAUCGUCGCUGUCAUUUUCUACAGUAGGAAAAGAAAACACCCCCUUUCACCUCAGCAAUGGAAAAGCUUGUUUACAGAAGAUGGUAGACUCCGUGAUGGUGGAACUAAGUUCCUGAAAAGAGUGCGCAAUGGAGGUGUUCAUCCUAGAAUAAGGGCUGAAGUUUGGCCAUUCCUACUUGGAGUGUAUGACUUUAACAGCACCAAAGAUGAAAGAGAUGCUGUAAAAACUCAAAAUAGAAAGCAAUAUGAAGAACUCCGUAGACAAUGCACGAAACUCAUCAAGCAAAGCAAUGAAAACAGUAAGUUAAAUGAAAUUGGUGAAAUCAGCUAUGAAGGAGGUGAUGGAAGUCUUGCUCAAGAUUCUCGUUCUUCUAGUUCUUCUUCUAGUUCUGAUGAUGCAGCCAGUGCCAGGGAAACUCUGUCUAGUCAGGACAAAACUCCAGAAGCUGAAUAUUCGUUGGAAGGAGACGAUUAUGUUAAUGUCAACAAUGCUGAUGCAUCUAUGCCGGAUGCGGAUUCUUCCGAAGCUCCUGAAGUAAUUCAAACAGUUCAUCUUGAUGAUGUUCAGGAAGAUGACAAACCCAUGAAAACUACCGAGGAUUCCGCCAAAGGUCCUGAAGUAAUUCAAACAGCUCCUUAUGGUGAUGUUCAGGAAGAUAAUAACUCCUUGAGAACUACCAAGGAUUCCGUUGAAGGUCCUGAAGUAAUUCAAACAGCUCCUCCUGGUGAUGAUCAGAAGGAUAACAAUCCUGUGAAAACUACCAAGGAAGUCUCAUCUCCCUUACAAGAAAAGGUUCCACCAAAGCUACCAACUAAUGAAGACUUCUCCACCUGGCAACGGAUUAUCCGACUCGAUGCAUUACGUGCCAAUGCAGAAUGGAUGGCACACUACCCCUCUCAAGCUUCCGUAUCAGACAGUAUAGCACGUCAGACUGCUGAGGCUGUUGGCUUGGAGGAUUAUGAUCACCUAGAGGCUGGCAGAAUCUAUCAUGCUGCCCGACUAGUUGCUAUUCUUGAAGCAUAUGCACUAUAUGACUCUGAAAUUGGCUACUGCCAGGGUAUGAGUGACCUGCUAUCUCCUAUAGUUAGUAUUAUAUCUGAGGAUCACGAGGCUUUUUGGUGUUUUGUUGGAUUCAUGAAGAAGGCACGGCAAAAUUUUAGGCUUGAUGAGGUGGGUAUAAGGAGGCAACUAGAGUUAGUUGCAAAAAUCAUCAAGUAUAAGGAUGGCCAUCUAUUUAAGCAUUUGGAGAAGCUUCAGGCUGAAGAUUGCUUUUUUGUUUAUAGGAUGGUGGUGGUAUUGUUUCGGAGGGAACUGACAUUUGAACAGACAAUUUGCCUUUGGGAAGUAAUGUGGGCAGAUCAAGCUGCAAUAAGGGCAGGUAUUGGGCAUUCUGCAUGGAACAAAGUUCGAAAGCGUGCACCACCAACAGAUGAUCUGUUGCUUUACGCAAUAGCAGCUUCGGUAUUGCAGAGGAGGAAAUUGAUCAUUGAAAAGUAUAGCAGCAUGGAUGAGAUCAUUAGGGAAUGCAAUAGCAUGUCAGGACAUCUUGAUGUUUUGAAAUUGCUAGAUGACGCACAUAACUUAGUGGUCACCCUUCAUGACAAAAUAGAGACAUGAUUCUGAUCAAUGCAAUCAACAAAUCUAGUUUAUAAUUUUUAGUGUACAAAAUUUCCAUAUUUCAGACUAGCAGAUUCUCCUCUGCAUUUAAAAUAAGCACCGGAGUUGCGCUGCCUGGCUUAUUGCUUAUUACUCCCAAAUAGAGAAACUUCCUAUUUAUUUUCUUUUUUUGAAUUUUGAUUUCAGACACCAAUCUGAUGACUCUUUGGAGCACCUUUGCGAAGAGGGGGCGGUGCCAUGUAACUGUUAGAAAAUGUUGAGUUAUUAUCUACAAUACAAUUAGGGAUGUUUUUUCUUUCUUUCUCAUA